CGGAGGCACUGCCACUGCCACUGGCUGCUGACCGAUCCGGCCGUCGUUUUCCUCCGGUGCGGUAUACCCGCAGGAAAAAGGACCGCCCACCUCCGGCUCCGGCUCCACCUCCUCCUUCGAUUCCUAGGUGCCCACUCUCCGCUUUGCUAGCCAGCUACUCGCCACCGCAAAGCGCACUGGCGCACCAGUGUCGCCGUCGCCCGGAAGAACACCCUUCGCCGACGGACAUCUGGCGCAUCGAUCGGUUCGUCGUCGCUACGUACAGAAAACGGCAAAAAGCACCCCUCAACCGAUCGGAUCCUUCGCCCGCAAGGAAAGGGAAGCCGUGAUCUAAACAAGAUAAGAAAAUGAGAAAGUGAAAGGGAAAUUGUUUCAUCUCCAAGCCAGCUCGCCCCGGCACAUCAACUGGCUGGAAUCGUAUAGGUGUAUGUAUUCUACGAGUAAUUUAUUUGGUAAUCACGCAGCCAGCAGAGUAGGCGGUGGCAUCGACAGACUACUACACAGUCUACAGACCAGCACGGCAAUCAGCAGAGUGGCAAGAGGAAGAGUACAAAGCGGGAGGGGACGUCAACCUCAGGAAGACCCACCCAGCAGUAGUGGCGAGCCACAUCUCCGAUGCGCAUCGCCUUUCCCUCUUUCCCACCCUCCUCCUCUUAUCCCCCAAAGCAGAGGAAAGCCGGCGAGGAGCUCUCCGUGCUCUGCUUAGCAGGUUCGAUCCAGCAACCCGUCGAUCGAUCGCCGGUGCAAGGCUAGCUGCCCAGCCAGCGGCGUGAUCUGGUUUUGAUCGGCCGGCGACCCCCAUGGCGUCCAUCGUGGUGAUCGGCCUGGUGCUCCUCCUCGACAUCCUCGCCUUCGUCCUCGCCAUCGGCGCCGAGCGCCGCCGGAGCACGGCGCAACUCGGCGAGGCCGAGCCUGGCGGCAGGCGGUACUGCGUGUACGACACGGACGCGUCCACCUGGUACGGCGUCAGCGCGCUCGCCCUGCUGCUGGUCGGCCAGGCCGUGGCCAUGGCCGCCAGCCGCUGCUUCUGCUGCGGCCGCGCGCUCUCGCCCGGCCGCUGGCGCUUCUUCUCCGGCCUCUUCUUCGUCCUCUGCUGGCUGACGUUCGUGAUCGCGGAGGUGUGCCUGCUGGCGGGGUCGGUGCGGAACGCGUACCACACCAAGUACGUGAGCGGCUACUACAACGAGGGGGCGCUGCCCUGCGCCAUGCUGCGCAGGGGCGUCUUCGCCGCCGGCGCCGCCUUCGCCUUCCUCACCACGCUCUUCGUCAUGCUCCACUACGUCUUCUACUCCAAGGCCCGCGCCGCGCCACCGCCCAUCAUCAACGGCGGCGGCAUCGGCAUGACCCGCAUCUGAUCCCUGCGGCUAUGGUCGUGUCUGUUCGUGUCGUGUGUUGUAGGAUAAGUGUGGGGUGAAUGGGUGGCUCUGUCUGCCGAGAACAGAGGUUGCUAGUGUUAGUGAACAGCUGAAUAGAUCAUGUGGGAUUGUGGAGUGUGCGUCCAAGAGAUCAGUCUGUUUGCCUUGAGUAUUUUACAUUCAUGCGCCUUAUAUUUAUUGUAUUUCAUUUGUGAAAAGGCAAAGACCGUAUAUUAAACGACAAAGCUAAAA